UGUUGGAGUGGAAACGGAUAAGGACCUAAAAUCAUUCUUAAGAACAUAGAUAGCCUAGUUGUUUGCAAAGAAAAUAGGUGCAGGCAGUAUUAAUAGGUUUUGCCAAAAUCAUACCCUACCCCUCCUUCUUUCCCCACCAAAGUCCUAUCUUCAAAUAUAAAAUAUCUUCAAAAUAUCAUCGCAACAUUCAUGGGACACAUCUUUGCCAAGAGUGCAGUUUACACACUAACCGCUAGAUGGUAUCUUCGUAUUCUAAAUAAAACCCAGUCUACAGGGAAACAGGAAAUCAAAAAAUAAAGUGUAAAAUAUUAAUAUUAAACAGUACGUCCAGCUUGAUACAGUCUGCUUUGCCGCCUAAAAUCCACAUAAAAAAAGAUAAACGUCUACAGGUCCCGUUUAAGCCUCAAACAAACACCUACACUUUGUUCCUGUGCUGGAAAUUAUAUCAAUAAAGUUUGAAUUUGAACGGUCUGCUGCAAAAAUGAUGGCGGCUGAUCAAACUGUGCACGGAGUUCCUCCUUCCCUGUCUGCCAGAGUGGUUGGGUCAUUUGCCUAUUUGACUGUGAGAGACAGGUUGCCGACGAUCCUGACCAAAGUUAUAGACACAAUACAUCGCAACAAAAACAAGUUCUUUGAAGAAUAUGGAGAGGAGGGUAUCCAGGCUGAAAAGCAAACGAUAUCUUUGCUGUCUAAGAUGAGGAAUGAGUUGCAAACUGAUAAGCCAGUACUACCUCUGACAGACGACAUGCAAGACACAGAGUCCUGGAACCAGUACCAGCAGAGACAGCAGCAACUGCAAGGGGACCAGGAGUCCGUCAGCUGGUUUAAGUCUCCGUGGCUUUAUAUGGAGUGCUACAUGUACCGCAGGAUACAGGAGGCCAUCUGGCUCAAUCCUCCCAUCACUGACUAUGACGUCUUUAAUGAAGUGAAGACUCAGAGCUUUUUUGAGUCUCAGCAGGCUAUGAUGGCCUUAUUUACAUACUUUGAGGGCAUCAACAAGAACAUGGAGGAACUCUCUGAGAAUCAGCUGUUUGAGCAUUUUAACAAACUGCUACAGGUUUCUCUAUGGGGGAACAAGUGUGAUCUGUCUAUCUCUGCUGGUCAAGACAACUCGCAGAAGACCAGUCCAAUAGAUUCCCUCAACAGCCUACAACCCUUCAUCUUGGUGGAUGACUCCAACAUGGUAUGGUCAACUCUAAUUUCUGCCCAGAAGCCAGGACAGCCAGGGGAAACCACUGCAGGCAGGGUCGAUGUUGUUCUAGACAAUGCUGGCUUUGAGUUAGUCACUGACUUGGUCUUGGCAAAUUUCCUGGUUUCCUCUGGCCUUGUCCGUGAGGUCCACUUUCAUGGCAAAUCCAUCCCGUGGUUUGUCUCUGACGUCACAGCCAACGAUUUUCAGUGGACCAUUCGGCAGAUCAUGGCAGCCAAUCACAGGUGGAUGUCCAAGAGUGGUGUCCAGUGGCAGAGCUACCUGAAGGAGGGUGUGUGGUCCUAUCAUGACCAUCCUUUCUGGACACAGCCCCAUGAGUUCUGUGACAUGGCAGCUGAUGCUCCUGACCUUUAUGCAAACCUGCAGGGGGCAGACCUGGUGCUGUUUAAGGGAGACCUCAACUACAGAAAGCUGACGGGGGACAGGGACUGGGAUCACACAGUGGGCUUUGGUACUGCCCUACGAGGUUUUGGACCUGCGCCACUGUGUAGCCUGAGGACUCUUAAGGCCAACAUUCAGGUCGGGCUGCAGCCGGGCCAAGGGGAGAAGCUCACCUCCCAAGAUCCAGACUGGAUGACCAGCGGCAAGUACGCUGUAAUUCAGUUCUACAGCCCAAAGUCAGAACUGUAAGACUGAAUUCAGGAUCUCACUGGGAACACAUGGAUUCAUAAGAACAUCACAGUAAGAAGUACCAUAAGCAGGAAUUACCUUUUAAGCCAUAAGACCAUUGAGGUACAUGAGGUUGUUAAAUGGUGUGUUAUUUCCUCACUGUCAGUUAGCACUUCAUCAUGUUUGAUACAGAAACGCACAGUAACAGUUAAUAAUUAUUUUCACUACAGGUUUGUACCAUGUCAUACUUAACAUCUUAGCACUUUUAGAUCUAAAUGUUUCCCCAUGAUUUGAACAUAACAAUUAUUUAAUGUUGACAAAACUAUCCUCGGAGGUAACAAAUCAAUGUUGCCUUUUUAUCGCUUAUGUGUUGUGCAUUUUAUUGCAGAUAGCUUAUGUGUUGUGCACAAUGUAUGAAGUCAUAAUGUUUACAGGUGAAUAGAGAUGCUGUUAACACUUAUUGAGGAAGAAUUGGGCUUUAUAAAUCUCCAUCCCAGAGCAACAAUACUUUGUUUUUGCAUGCAGUUGAGGAGAGUGAUGAUAAAUGUAAUAGUUAUUUUUGUUCAGCUCAGCUCAGGUUGUUUUACUGUUGCACUCAGUGUUAUUGAUAUGCAUGCAUCAAAACAUGCAAAAUAUUUACCUAAGGCAGAUCAUAACUGUUUUGGUCAGUUUCAAAGAUGGUAGACUGUUAUUGGGGCAGUGUAACGAUAUCAGUGACUACUCGUUUUGUUUUAAAUGGAAACCCAGACCUCUGUAUCUUCAUAGAAAAAAGUGGAUGUCUCUGUGCACACUGUCAUCUUAAUCCUUAAUUGUCUGUGUCAGUACCUCAGAGGUGAUGUUAACUGGAUUCUUCUCAGUGCUGCUGGGGGAAAUAUCGUUUUCACCAAUGGAUUUGAUUUAAUAAAGAACUGCAUUGACUGGC